AUGACACGGCGAAAGGGACGCGCGUGCGCGCGGGAUACGCAGUCGCCAUGCCGCACUCCUGUCGGCCGCCCGCGUCGUGAGACGAAAAGGGCCAAAACAGCAGCAGCGAGGAGUUACGCGGACCUUGAUAGAUCUAGGGCGGACCUCGAGCGCCAGAGAGCAGAGCUCGAGGCUGCCGCAGCAAAGGUGGCGGAGAGAGAGAGGGCUGUCCAAGCCAAGGAAGCUGCCAUCACCAGGAAGGAGCAGCGCGACGCCGCGAAGCUGGAAGCAGCUCAACGGCGGGAGCAGGAGAGCGUCGAGAGGGCUGCCGCAGCUGCAGUGACGAGGCUCUCUCCGAAGACGUCGCUGUAUCUGGAAGAGUCUGAGGAACGGGUGAAGCCCAAGACUGGGUCAACCCUGUGCAAGACUCAGUCCAGGAUGAUCCUUCUGCUGCUGAUCUCACUUCGCAAGGACGGCCAAUCUGAGAACGAGGCGAUAUUGCGGGUCAGUGGCGAACACAUUCAAGAUCGGCCACGAGAAGGUCAGACUCGUCAACAACCACUGGUGGGAACACCGAGAGUUGUACGAGACCACCUCCGCGGGGAGAGGCAAGACCACGAAGAAGGACGACCGGCGGCGCUGUGUCACAGGACUUGCGGGUUCGAGGAGCAGCCGUCGAACCGUUCGGUAGGCGGGCUGCUGAGUAGACUCGGGUACAAGCGUCGUAGAGGCAGGAUCAAAACGCCACGGUUGGAUGCAGCCAGGCUUGCUCGUAUCCGUCGGUUUCUUGUCGAAAUGGACAUCGCAAAGAGGGCAGAGGAUGCUGGACUGGCAGUCAUCGUGUACAUGGAUGAGAGUUUUGUGCACCAGGCCCAUGGUUCCCCGUAUUCGUACUUUCCUUCUGACGAGGAUGGAGUUGUGCAGGAUGGGAUUGGUCGCACAACGGGGAAGGGCUUACGCAUGAUCAUGGUGCACGCAAUCACGAAGUGGGGUCCUUUGGCCAAGCUUUGCGAUGGGUUUCCAAUCGAAGAGGGUUGGUUCAAAAGCAAGGGUGGCGGCAAGGGAAAGCGCGGGGGUAAGGACUUCAAUUUGGAAGAUGAAGAGACAGCAGAGUUUCUUUGGCAGGCCAAGUUGGCGAAGGGUGAUUACCACGCAGCAAUGACCGACUCGAUGUUCAUGGAGUGGCUUGAACGCCGACUUAGUCCCGCAUACAACGCGGUCCCUGACUUCAAGGGCAAGAAGAUGAUUCUUGUUCGCGACAAUGCCUCGUACCACCAAGGAUUUGACGCGGAAGUCAAAGUACCGGAAACCAACACCAAGAAGUACAAUGUCGAGCUGUUGCGUAGGUAUGGAGUUCGGUCGAUCAAGGUUAAGCGUGCAGCCGCUAACGGCAGGGUUGUGCAGCAGAGGUUUGAGGUGCCUACAGACGAGGGUUCCACGCUUCCAGAUGCGAGACGGGAGGGCGGCGUAAGUAGAGAAGAGGUGGCGACGGCCACUCGAGAAUACUUUCGCCUUAACCACCCUGAAAAGCUCGAGGAACGGGUGGAGACGUUCAUGCGUGAGAAGGGGUGGGAGUUGAUUUGGACGCCGCCGUACAUGCCCACUUUCCAACCUAUCUAGCUUUUUUGGCAGCAUGGCAAGCAGUAUGUC